AUGGCGUCCCUCAUUACGCUCCCUCCUGAAUGCCUAAUUGCGAUACUCAAAAGCUGUGACACCCCAUCCGAAGCUCUUACGUUUGCCUCCAGCUGCAAGCACCUGCAGGAAGUCUUCGACGAAAACAGACUUUCUAUCCUUGGAAACAUAGCACAGCGCCAAACCCCUGCGUUCGAGGACGCUCUGAUGACCAUCCGCGCAACGAGAAUCGUUCUUGAGCAUUUCAAUCACGGCGAGCUCCCACCGAAUCCUUUUCCCCUUGACACCUUGACCCUAAAAGCCCGACGACCCACCGCGGAGGAUCUACGCGACCUGCGCCAGUGGCAGCACCUGGUCAAAUGCAUCGAAGACAUCGUCCUGAACAAGUUCGAAUGGGGCCGAGAGUGCGAUGCAACUAUCAGACACGAUCCUGCAACAUGGUCCAUCUGGCAGGAGAACUUCCACCGCGCAAUCUACCGGUUCUUCCUAAUGGGCGCCGUCCUGUGUGGUGCAUACCAAGACCCUCUGUCACCGGCAGGUAAGCACGGCAGCCCCCCAUCGUCCUUCAACUACUACGGCGACCGGAUGGAGGACGCAAGCCACUUUGGCCCCCUACUCAGGCCGUGGGAAAUGGCCCAUUUCCUCAAAUACCCCGUCUUCAACUUCGAGGCCCACCACAAGCACGAGCCCAUCUACGGACCCCUGGCAGAGCUAAUGAAGAACCAAACCGAGCUCCGCGCACGCGAUCUAGCCCAAGACCCCGCUGAUGUCCUGCUGAAGGAGAUGGUAGAUUGUCUAGCCUUCUCCGUAGCCCUCCUCAACCCGACCUUCGAAGAUGCGCUGUGGCGGCUCCAACCGCUUGACUACGAGGCAGGACAGGAUUUCUCACACAUAACAGUCAUCCCACUCGGCCACUUCUACCCAGAGAUCAUUCAGAUGCCGAACAACUCGCGAGACGCACACAAUACCCUGCUGCUGCAUGGCCCUGUCGAGCACGAGGACAGCAUAGCCGGAGCCCCUGCGUGGCACGAAUCGGCUCCAUACAUGCGAUCCAUCCUCUAUACCAUGCACUCGUAUUCCGAGCAGCCGAAUCACUGGGCCGAGGGACCUGGGAGUGAGCUGUACCCGACUCCUCCGCCACCAAUCCAGAUAUUCCAAUACAUGCUCCGCAAGUAUUUGGGCUGUCGGUUUGCGGGCGAGGCGUUUGACGAUGAUUUGGACAGGGAGGAUGUCAGCUACAUCCAUCUGAAGACUAAUCCGUUCGUCAGCGAGGUCUUCCUGCAUCGUUGGCCAGAUGCUGGAGAUUUGGACGUCAAGGGCCUUUUUGCUAACGAUACUGCUGAUUAUGAGGAUCACAUCGUUCAUAAUCAUGAGGUGGUGGUCUUAGCGUGGGAGUACUAG